AGAGACUUCCGGGAAGCACGUUUUAUUUAAACGUCAACUUGAAACGACAGUCGUGCUCGGUUAAACACCAUUUGUUAUUUUCUGUAUGAUUAUCUUUUAUAGAAAGAGUCUUUAGUGGCCAUUGUUAAAUAAUUAUUUAUUUUCUGCUACAUUAAUUGUCAGUUUAUCUUGCCCGGAAACUAAAUAUGUGAGGAGCUCUCGGUUUGAAUCCCUCCACCUGCAUUCUUCAUAUAUUUGCUUGCAGAAGCAAAGGUAACAGAAGCAUGGACGCUGUCCUGAACAGGUUGAAAGGUCUCAGUGCCGAUGAGCUGCGGGAGGAGAUCCUUAAAGCCAACCUGAAGUGUGGCCCCAUCACUGCCACGACAAGAGCCAUAUUUGAGCGGAAGCUCGCCAGGGCUUUGGUGGAGAAAGCUGGAGUUACAGAACCUGACAGCAAUGGUUCCUCGGUGGGGACGGGCGAUUCUGGGAGCGUCACGCCAACCAAACAGCCUACCGUUGCCACAUUGGCGGCCCCAGAUUCGGAUGGGGAUUUUGGGUACGGUAUGGGUCUUAACCCACCAGAGGAGGAGGCUCUGAUGGAGCGGAGUGGAAUGGCGUGCUCCUCUAAUGUGGAGAACUCGCAGUCUGAAGCACAGACUCCCUCAAAAACUGCACAGGUGUCACCUACCUCUUUUUACGGGGUGUGUCCGUUAUGGGAGGAUGUCCUGGCGAGGAAUGAAAGAGCCCACGUGUAUACAGAUAAGAAAGAGGCUUUGCAGGCUGUUAAAAUGAUGAAGGGGGCCCGAUUUAAAGCUUUCGCCAAUCGUGAGGAUGCUGAAAAGUUUGCCAAAGGCAUUUGUGACUACUACCCUUCACCUAGUAAAAGCACGCCAUGUGUAUCUCCCAUCAAACCCGGUCUGGUGUUUGGUAAAGAUCACACAUCUUGCGCAGAGUCGGACACGAUCAACAGGGAGAAAGCGAACAGUUUCAAAAGCCCUCGGACGCAAGAUUUGACUGCCAAACUGAGGAAAGCUGUGGAGAAGGGAGACGAGAUAACCUUUUCUGAGCUUGUCUGGAGCAACCCUCGGUACCUCAUCGGGUCCGGAGACAACCCUACCGUAGUUCAGGAGGGUUGCAGGUAUAAUGUGAUGCAUGUGGCUGCUAAGGAGAACCAGCCGGGCAUCGUCCAGCUCCUGCUGGACACCAUGGAGAACCCAGAUUUCAUGCGGCUCAUGUACCCGGACGAUACGGACAGCAUGCUGCAGAAACGCAUCCGAUACAUUGUGGACCUGUAUCUCAAUACUCCAGACAAAGCUGGGUUUGAGACGCCUCUCCACUUUGCAUGUAAGUUUGGUUGCCCAGAUGUGGUAAAUAUACUCUGUUCUCAUCCUGACAUUGACAAAAACUGCAGGAACAAAUACGACCAGAAACCCUCUGAGGUUGUUUGUGAAAGAAUGAAAGAAAAGGGUAAAAGUCAAGAAAUCAAACAGAAGAUAAAUGAAUAUUUAGAAGAUCGGUUAUACAUACCGUUAUUGAGAGCCACUGAUAACUCCUCCCAACCUGUCAUUGGUGCUCCUUGGUCCCCUGAGCCAAUGGAAAACCUGUCACCGCGGUUACCCAGAAGUCCAAAGGAUCCAGUUAUGGCAGUAAGGGCCUUUGCUGGGCCUUUAAGUCCAUCUAAAGCUGAUGAGUUCAGACGGGCAUGGAAGACGCCUCCCAGAGAACGAGCGGAUCAUUUUCACAACAUUUUAAAGUCAGAUCCAGACCGCGGUGCAGAAAGAGUUGGCCGAGAUCUGGCCCAUGAACUCGGCCACUCCUGGGCAGAAUACUGGGAUUUCCUGGAUAGUUUUGUGGACUUGUCAUCUGCUGAAGGCCUCAAAAUGCUUGAAGAGUACCUCAGUAAAAAGGACUUUAGGGAGCGCGCUUACCAGGAAGCGGGAGAGAACGAAACUAGCAACAAGUUUAAAACCCCAUCUCCAGGCAAACUGAAGAAGUUCUGUAACUCCAUCUCCGUGGGUGCAUUUCUGGACGAGGGUGAUGACAUCAGUCUGGAAGAGAUUAAAAACAGACAGAACGCUGCUCUCACCAGCAUCUCUUCGGUCUGCUCCAAAGAUGGCCUGCAGGGGGCGGUAGGAGGAAUCGAGUUUCACAUCCUACCCGUAUCGCACAGCGCCGAUCUCAUAGAGGUUGCGGCGGAGCAGGAUCUGCUGCUCUCUGAAAAAACUUUAAUCUCCGGCAUUAAAAAUGGCCUGUGUGAGCACGGCCCCGGAGACGGGACUCCGAACGGGGACAAAAUGUCCCCUCGUAUCUGCAGUGCCUCCAAUUCCUGUAUGCUGUCACCCAUCUCAAACCUAAUGGCGGAGUUUGAGAGGAUGUCCCUCCACGAUGAUCUAGACAGGACCAACCGGGAAAGAAGAAGGAGCGGGGGCAAACGUAACCGGGACGCACAACCCACAGAACUCACUUCCGGGUUGGUCCGCCUCUCGUUGACCUCGGAUGAUGACUCUGUGUUUGAUAAAAACAGGACAUCCCUCGUGGAGACGAGAAAUGAAGAAGACGGGAGGUCCAGUGCGAGUUCGGAUGAAUACUAUCUAGCCAACGAAAGGCUCGAACUUCUGAACCAACGGAUUGCAGAAGCAUCGGGGGGAGAGCGCACUUUCUGUGCCAGAUCGAAGUCAUGGGAUCACGGGGGGAGAGACCUCAGCUCCUCGGGGUCCUCCAGUUCUUAUAGAUCUUUAGAUGGCUCUCAGGAUUUCAUACUGAGGACUCCUCCCAGAGUGACAAAUAAACUUUUCAUUGAAGGAGAUUCACCCACUAAGCUGGACAGGGAGGUUUUGUUGGCAUUAGGAUCCACAGAUGUUGAAUCUCUGAAGUAUCCCAGCAUUCACAAAUGGAAGAGCACAGUUCAGACAUACACUCAGUCAGAAAUGCAAAGCUGGCAGACUCCUGCUCUGCACAAGACUCAUUUCAGGGCUCCGCCCAUAACCCCUGGCUCACCAGUGAGCAGUUUGAUGUCCCCUGCAAGCCGUUUCAGCCCGGCCCGUCACAUGGGCUCACCAGACAUCUGCAGCCCUGGACGCUACAGCCCCGCCCAGUCAAACUAUAGCCCUGUCAGCUACAUCCAACGCAUCCGCCUUAAACAUUUCGGCGACGCCCCUAUUUAAUAAACACUCUCUGUUCUGGCCAGCCACACCUUGAAUUUCUACCAGUCAAUAACUGCCUGAAAUAACAAAUGUAAGUCCAGCACGGGCCGUUUCAAAGGAUGCAAUGCCUCGGAUGUCAAUACGGACGCUAAAGAGAGAUUUGUAUCUGCUCGGGCUGGGCCGCUAGUGGUAGGAUCUCACAACAAGCUAGCCUCCAGGUUGUAUAGUUAAAGAUUAUCUGAGUUGUGUUCAGCGCUAGAACAUGCACAUCAUCUCCCAGGGGUGUCCGAAUCUCUUUCGGUACUGAUGGUCAUAUAGACUUUUUCUAAUAUUUUGUGUUUUCUAUUUUCUUUCUUAUCUGUGUGUGGUGUGUGUGUAUGUAUGCUUGGGAAAUUUACAAAGCCGUGUUAUUAAUAAGAGUAACUUAAAUCGGGCACACAGUAACCCAGAGCUCAAUGAAUAAUUUGAUAGUAAAUUAAUGAAUUAUUUUUUUGUUGUUAAUUGUAAGUAGCACAAAAUGUACUCAAUUUUAAUGGGUAUUUGUUUUUAAGAGUCAAUCGACUGCCAGAUGUUUUUAUUCUUUAAUGGGGGAACUGCCUUAAAUUUCUCAAAGGAAAAGACCAAGUGAAGUUUCACAACAUUCAUGAUUUGUUAAUAGCAGCCUUAGAUGUCGGUGUAAAAAAAGAGGUCUAUAGUGGAAGGAAUGUGAAAUAUUCCCCGUUUUAUUUGUUAAAUUCAAUAAAUGUGAUGGUAAUUUACAAAAAAGUACAUUUUUGUUUUGCACUUUUAAUUCUUUUAUGGAGUGAUGGUGAUCAUUAUACCAAACCAGUUGUCAUCUAUUGGUUAUAAAGACAACGUGAGCUGUACUACAUUUAAACACUAAGGGGUGGUUUUCCAGACAGGGCUUAAGUCUUGCUUGUUUGAGUUGUCUUUACUGAAAACACCUUAUACUUGCAUAUCUUAACAUACACUCACCUAAAGGAUUAUUAGGAACACCUGUUCAAUUUCUCAUUAAUGCAGUUAUCUAAUCAACCAAUCACAUGGCAGUUGCUUCAAUGCAUUUAGGGGUGUGGUCCUGGUCAAGACAAUCUCCUGAACUCCAAACUGAAUGUCAGAAUGGGAAAGAAAGGUGAUUAAAGCAAUUUUGAGCGUGGCAUGGUUGUUAGUGCCAGACGGGCUGGUCUGAGUAUUUCACAGUCUGCUCAGUUACUGGGAUUUUCAUGCACAACCAAUUCUAGGGUUUACAAAGAAUGGUGUGAAAAGGGAAAAACAUCCAGUAUGCGACAGUCCUGUGGGCGAAAAUGCCUUGUUGAUGCUAGAGGUCAGAGGAGAAUGGGCCGACUGAUUCAAGCUGAUAGAAGAGCAACUUUGACUGAAAUAAUCACUCGUUACAACCGAGGUAUGCAGCAAAGCAUUUGUGAAGCCACAACACGCACAACCUUGAGGCGGAUGGGCUACAACAGCAGAAGGCCCCACCGGUUACCACUCAUCUCCACUACAAAUAGAAAAAAAGAGGCUACAAUUUGCACAAGCUCACCAAAAUUGGACAGUUGAAGUCUGGAAAAAUGUUGCCUGGUCUGAGGAGUCUCGAUUUCUGUUGAGGCAUUCAGAUGGUAGAGUCAGAAUUCGGCAUAAACAGAAUGAGAACAUGGAUCCAUCAUGCCUUGUUACCACUGUGCAGGGUGGUGGUGUAAUGGUGUGGGGGAUGUUUUCUUGGCACACUUUUGGCCCCUUAGUGCCAAUUGGGCAUUGUUUAAAUGCAACGGCCUACCUGAGCAUUGUUUCUGACCAUGUCUAUCCCUUAAUGACCACCAUGUACCCAUCAUUGAAUCAUUUCAAAUUGGUUUCCUGAACAUGACAAUGAGUUCACUGUUCUAAAAUGGCCCCCACAGUCACCAGAUCUCAACCCAGUAGAGCAUCUUUGGGAUGUGGUGAAAUGGGAGCUUUGUGCCCUGGAUGUGCAUCCCACAAAUCUCCAUCAACUGCAAGAUGCUAUCCUAUCAAUAUGGGCCAACAUUUCUAAAGAAUGCUUUCAGCACCUUGUUGAAUCAAUGCCAUGUAGAAUUAAGGCAGGUCUGAAGGCGAAAGGGGGUCAAACACAGUAUUAGUAUGGUGUUCCUAAUAAUCCUUUAAGUGAGUGUAUAUCAGUGCCAUUGUUUUGUCUUAAGAUGCACACCAGUAUUGUUUUUUUUUGUAAGGUAUGUUUGUAAAAUCUACCCAAAUCAUGUCCUAAUAUAACUAAGGCUUAGUCCUGGAUUAAUCUAAACCCCAUCUGGGAAACCGCCCCAAAGUGACUGAUGGUAAGUUAGUAUUGACUUGUUACAUAAAUGUCACAAUAGCUGUAAGACCUACAUGAAUGUGGAUUUUGAGUGUUGUAAAUGCACCUUACAUCGUCUCUUAUUUUAUAAAUAAUAACUGAUACCUUCACAGAUAAAUCAUGUAAUUCUCUUAUUGCUUUAAAAAAUCGAUUUAUAUACAAGGUGUGAAACAAAGAAACGCAUCAGUUUUAGAAAAGUGACCCUAAUUUUGAGCAUCAAAGUCAUUAAUUUCGAUCUUUGAUGUGAUCUUACUCAAUAUUAAAGAAAUCAAGGUUAUAUAUUUCCAGAAUAUUCUUUACAUUUAGGAUUAUUUUAUGUAAUCACAAUGACCUGGGGUGGGUUUUACGUGCAGGGUCACAAAUGAAACCAUUGCACAGAUGUAUGGUGAUGGAUCUUGGUACUUGCACAUAAAAUUUGUUUAUUGGUGUAGUGCUGGCCUGUCGAUCUUUGCUUUGUAAAGCUUUAGUGCCUUUUAUUAUAUUCUGGUUGGAAGGGCCCGUGGCGCCCCGGUGUGUUAAACAGACGUUGGCCGCACAUACGAGCUCAAUAAACCUUUCUCUCUGUUUUCUUGUAUAAAAUACAGUACAGUAGCAUUGGCAUAUGCAGUGAAUACCUCUUGAAUAAGAUUGUAAGAGAAGAUAAACGGUUAGUGUUGUAUCAAUGCCAGCCUUACUUUGUGUUAAAUAAUGCUUUGUAGUGCCAAUAGUGUGUAUUAAAAAUGAUUUGCUGUGA